AUGGACGCGAAGAACCCCAACAAGGAGUACAGAUCGACUCCCGAGUACGCAGAGUACCAGCGAGACAACUUUUGGGCCGACAAUGAAGGAAAAAUNCCCGACAAGCUCGAGGAAAGAGCAAAGGAGAAGCUUUCAGAAGGUGGCUGGUACUAUGCCUCUUCCAAUGCUGGCUACUCAACAACACACCUCGCCAACCGCCAGGCCUUUUACCGUCACCGUAUCAUUCCUCGCAUGCUAGUCGACACCAACAAGCGCGACACCACUUGGGAGAUUUGGGGUCAUAAAACCAGCGCACCCAUUGGAUUUUCUCCUAUCGGUAUCAACAAGAUCUACAACCCUCUUGGAGAACUUCCGGUCGCCAAAGUUGCCAAAGAACUUAAUUUGCCGUAUUGUUUGAGUACUGCUGGGUCGCAGCCGAUUGAGGAUGUUGGUGCUGCUAACGGAGAAGGUCCUCGUUUUUUCCAGUUGUACAUGCCACAUGAUGAUGAGUUGACCGUUUCGCUCUUGCAGAGAGCCAUUGAUUCGGGCUUCACCGCCUGUAUCUUGACUGUUGAGUAUGUGNNCACAUGGCAGCUUGGAUGGAGACACGACGAUGUUGCACACAGCAACUACGCUUUCUACCAUGGAAUUGGUGCUGAUUUGGGUCUGUCUGAUCCAGUCUUCCAGAAGAGGCUCGCAGAAGACGGUAUCGACCCUAAGAAGGAACCUAACAAAGCAGGUGCCAAAUGGAUCGACAAUGUCUGGCAUGGAAGAGCCCACAGCUGGGAGAAAAUGCCCUGGCUCAUCAAGACAUGGAAGGAGAUGAGUGGCGGCAAGCCUUUUGCUAUCAAGGGCAUUCAAAGUGUCGCCGAUGCAAGAAAGUGUGUUGAGAUUGGCUGUGAUGGUAUUGUCGUCAGCAAUCAUGCUGGAAGACAGGUUGACGGUGCCGUGGCGAGUCUUGAUGCUUUGGAACAGAUUGUUGAUGCUGUUGGCGACAAGAUCUACAUCAUGUUCGACUCUGGAGUUCGUGGUGCCUCGGACGUCUUCAAAGCUCUUGCACUUGGAGCCAAGUUUGUAUUCGUCGGUAGACUCUGGGUCUGGGGCCUGAGCAUCAUGGGAGAACAUGGCGUCAGACACGUCAUGAAGUCGCUUUUGGCCGACUUUGAUAUCCUCCUGAAUGUUGCUGGCUUCCAGAAUGUCGAGCAGAUUGUGGGCAAUCGCGAAGCACUCGAGUCCUUGCCCAAGGUAUACACUCUCAUUCAGGAGAGAGCAAAGCUCUGA